AUGUCGAACCAGAGCUACUACGGUUACUCCAACAGCCACGCCUACCCUCAGCAGUCCCAGUACCAGCAACCACAAUACUCACCACGACACCUGGGAAACAACCCCUACAGCCACGGCCAGGGAGGAUACAUCCCCCCUUACCACCAGCAAGCCGACUACUACCGUGCUCCUGCUCCGCAGUACAAUGGUCACCAAGAAACGGUUGGUCCUGAUGGGGAGCGUGGGCUUGGUGCUACAGUUGUAGGCGGAGGCGCUGCUGGCUGGGCUGCCCACAAGGCUGGUUCAGGCAUGCUUGGCAGUCUGGCCAGUGCCGCUGCUGGUGCCAUCGGCGCCAAUGUGCUUGAGAACAAGUUGAAGAAGUACCGCAACAAGAAGCAUAACAAGCAUUGA